AUGUCGGCGGUCCAAGAACAGUCCCAGCCUCUGUUGCGGUCGGUGGAUGCUCCAAAUCAGCCAGAUGCUGGCGCACCACGAAAGAGGAGGAAGCGUGCCCCGGCUGCUGGAGCGCCCGAUGACUGCUUUACAUGCGCUACCCGCAAGGUCAAAUGCGAUCGCCGGAGACCAUAUUGCUCCAAGUGCCUGGACGACGGGAAAGAUUGUGCCGGAUACAAGACCCAGUUGACCUGGGGAAACGGCGUCGCAAGUCGCGGCAAGUUGCGCGGCUUGUCGCUACCAGUUGCUGGGGCUCAAAACUUCGCCGCUGCUCCCACUUCGCCCCCCAAAUCAAGACGGCGAGGCUCUCAGCAACCCCAGAAAUCUCAGUUUCAUGGUGACGCUGGGCAGACUGUCUCGUCAGCUCCGUGGCCAACGAUCUUGGCUUGCGGCCCUACCUCUGUAAACAGCAGCAAUGCUGAGUCCAAUUUCCAUCAACACACCUCGUCAUUCCCUAUGCCUAUUCCGCACGCAACAGCAUCCUGGGCGACGGCAAGGCCGGCAACGACCGCGCCGGCUUCCACUGCCAUUGAGAUAGAGAAAGCAGACUCGUCCGAUCCAUCUAACGCUCCCGGCUAUUUGACAUCCCCUCCUCUCCCUGGUCAUCAAUUCUCCAACGGCUUCAAAUCGGAUGUUGGAUAUGGUGGAAGUCUUUCGUCUCGCUCAUAUCCCGAUACUUCUCCUGGGCCCACAUACUUUCAACGGGUUUUGAGCCAUGAGACUCUAGACGCACGAGGUCCAUCACGCGCUUUCCCACCCUCCCCUCAUAUGCCCACACCUUAUGCCAGGCUUUUUUCUGAUCACGACGCGCUCCCAGUCUCGGCAACUCCAGAAACGCGUCAUGAUGCUAAUGAUCGCUAUUCUCGAUUGCCUCCUUUCCAGGAGGACUCGGUAAUCACUGACCUCGACAAGCAUUCUGCCGCUGAAGAGGUGGAUGACGUCAACCGCGCUUACAAUGAUCGGUAUGUCGCGAUCGACGAGGGCUUACUCGUCAUGUCCCCCCGUUUGCCGUCCAACUACAGCCUACCCAUAUCACCCUAUGCUGGUAUGGGUUCCAUUGGAGGCACUCCACGCAUACAGUACUUGAUCAAGUACUAUACAGAAGUCAUCUCACCUGUUAUAGUGGCGUUCGAUGGCCCUUCAAACCCGUACAGGACACAUAUUCUGCAGCUAGCGGCGAGAAGUGAUACACUUCAGCAUGCCAUAGCUGCACUCUCAGCCAGCAAUCUGAGACAACGGAGGGAGAGUGGUGCUCUGUCAACUGGCAAGACUGACCCUGCUAGGCGAUCCUCCUUCGCCCACUUGACCCUGACCCGUGAGUCGUGGCAAGAAACGAGUAUGUUGUCUCCGCAAGACCAGGCUCGAGAAGAGGCACUGCAUAAAGGGAUUGCUAUUCAAUCUCUCAACAGGCAGCUUGCAGAUCCUGUCCUCCGAAAGGACGACUCAAUCCUGGCUACGCUCUUGAUUUUGUGCCUUUUCCAUAUAUGCGACUCGGGAAUAGCUAAGUUCCAGACUCAAUUCGCCGGUGUAAAGAAAUUGCUUGGCAUGCGUCAACAUGAUCUGGGUCUGGAUACCAAGGAGGCCAAGUGGUUCACGAGGAUGUUUACGUGGUUCGAUGCGAUGACCGCUACGGUCAAUGAUCGCGAGGGACAACUUCAAGGCCAUCACUUGGACGUUUCGGCUUUGUCUGAUGAGGAUUGGGCUUUGGAAAACCUGGCUGGCUGUGAUGGACAGCUGUUCAAGACCAUUGCCAAAUUGGGUCGCUUAAAUGUGCUAAGCCAGGGCAAAUCCGUCGAAGAGACCGCAGCACUUGUCUCGAGGCCCUUGCCACAGAUGUCUUUUGGAGGUAACCUCGACUAUAGCAACUUCGAUGGGAAUGGGUGGAUGAGAAUGAUGGAGGAUGAGGAUCUCUUCUCUUCCAAGACCGCCGACCCAGACGACAAGACACAGUUCUGGCGCGAGUGGAGAGAUAUCCGCCAGACUCUACAGACAUGGCAGCUCGACACCACGAUGUUUGACUCCUCUAGUCCAGAGGCACGGCUACUUUCCCACGAGCAGCGUAUCGACCUUGCCAACAUCUCGGAGUCGUUUCGUUACUCAGCACUUCUUUAUACGGAGCGCCUUGCAAAUCCAAACGUUCCCAGCACGGAUCAGUCGAUCAGAUUUUGGGUUCAGAAGUGCCUGACUUACAUUAAAGCCGUCAAGUCGGACGUGUAUUUACUCUGGCCACUUUUCAUCACAGGAAGCGAAUGCGUUGACGGGAUUGAUCGUCAAGUCAUUCGAGAACGGUGUCUAGAUAUCCAGAAGGAUAGUGGAUUCUUGAAUAACAAGAGCUGCUUGGAGCUGCUGGAGAAGGUUUGGCAGCGUCAUGAUGAGAAAGCACGUGGAUUCUCCCCUGGAUCGGAGAUGAUAAUGGAUUGGAUGGACAAUAGUAAGGACGAAACAGGAUUCAGGUUCACGACCAUAAUGAAAAUGGAAGGAAAUGAAGGAGAGUAUAUCGUGGUCUGA